UGUCGACGUGCCGACGUGCGACAGACGACAGACGACAAGCGUCGUGGUAUCCGACCGGCAUGCCUCAGCGCUGCUGUUGCCGAGGCAUCUAAAUCAGGUGGCCUAACGAUGCGUGCCUCGAGAGCGUUUCUCUCUUUCGCUCCGUUCCAAGCCAGUCCGACUGCCGCAUACUUUCUUUUCCUCCUCCUCCUCCUCCUCCUCCUCCUUCUCCCUCCUUCUCCUUCUCCUCCUCCUCCUCUUCCGCGUUGCCUCUUACUUCGUCUGCGUCUCAUCUUCAGCCUCCUGUCGACCGGCUCAGUUGCCGGGCGCUGUGCCGCCGAAGCUGCAACCGGCAGCACUGCCAUCUUGUCUGGCACUGACUCGUGCCCACUCUCGGACGCAUGCACACACACACACACACACACAGGCACGCAGAGACAGACGGACGUCAUGUCGGUCGACUGGUGGUACAUUUGCACAACUAAUCUGGCCUGGCAUCCGUCGUGGGCCGUUGGUUCUCUUUGGACGCGCCUGCGCGGAAAUUCCGCCGGAGACGACCAGUUCACA